AUGCAAAUAAAACCAUUUUCUUUUGAUUUAUAAAUGUUUUCCUAAAACUUUGAAUUUAACAAUAAAGAAAUAAUAGGAAGAGGGUUUGAUUCUAUUGUUUACAAAGUCAUUAAUAAAUAAAAUAGAAAUGAAUAUGCAUUAAAAUUAACAAGCUUUAAGGAUUUACAACACAAAUUUAAUUUUUAAUAGGAAAUCAGACUCUUAUAUCAUUUGAAUCAUGAUCACAUCGUUAAAUUCUAUGCAAAUUCAACGGAUGGAAGUUGCAUUUUGAUUGAAUAUAUGCCACAUGGUCAUCUAAUCAAAUUAAUUGAACUUCAGAGAGACAUUAAAUUGAUUAAAUCAAUAGUAAAUUAAAUUAUGAGUGCUAUUAAAUACUUGCAUUCUAUGAAUAUAGUGCAUGGAGACAUUAAACCAGAGAAUGCAUUAAUAUCAAGAGAUUUUAUAAUAAAAAUUUGUGAUUUUGGAUUUGCAAUUGUAGCUAAUUCACCAAAUGCAAAAUUGAGAGGUGGAAGUGAAGGCUAUACAGCACCUGAAUUAAUUUAAAAUGAUAAUUAUGACCCCAAAAAAUGUGAUAUGUUUUCUUUGGGAGUACUAUUUUUUGUAUUGUUUAUGGGAUAUCGACCAUUUCUUAGUACUCAUCCAUAAAAAUAAGAUAAAUUUUGGAAUUAUAUUAAAAAUAAAGAAUGGGAUAAAUUUUGGAAAGUUUUUGAAUCUAAAAAUAUAGAGCUUGGAUUUAAGAACUAUAUAUAAAGAUUAUUGUGUGCUGAUCCUUAAGAAAGGUACACAAUUGAAGAAGCUUUAUAAGAUGAUUGGUUUAAGAAUAAUCAAUUCACAGUAUAGUAAUUAGCAUCAAAUCUAUAAAAACUUUUAACUAAAUAGUGA